AUGCUUAAUGGAUAUGGUUAUUUGGAAUCAGCCACCUUAGGCACAAAAGUACUUAAAAAACAAGUCGACCACAUUGAGCAGAAGGAUAUGGGUUAUGAUUUUUCACAACCGGUGAUGGGAAGUCACUUAUUUGCUUCUCCAAAUGUGAUAUUUGAUGAGACUAAGAGAGAAGAGACAUCACAACCCUCACGACUUCCUGAUUCUCCAAAGUUUAACCGAUCAGUCCUAAAUUCUACAGUUCCGGGUAAAUCCACUGAAAUACAUUCUUCGAUUCAUGAGAUAAAGUUGAAUGGUGCGACAGAUGUAAUUACAAACAUUGCUCAAGAAGAUGGAUUAUCAAAGCCAGAUGUGUUUCAGCAGCGCGAAAUGUUUUCUUCUCAUCAGAAAUUGUUUCCACAAAUUCAGCGGGUAUGGGAACCAGGGGGUUACCAUCUAACGCACCUUAGUGGGACUGGCCAAAGUAGUGUUUCAAUCGUAACGACAUGUUGGAGCUGUCGAAUUCACAAGAGUUUGGCCUACAAGAAAAUAUGGAAUCUGCUGUACAAUAGAAAUACGACUCAGAUUUCAGCAUGA